GCCGCUGCGGGGCUCGGCCCUGAGCUGCCCGGGGCGCGAGCCUGCGCUCAGGCGUCCCCUCAGGCUAGGCCGGAGCGGCCCGGCCGGGUCGCUGCAAGGUCACGCGGCGGAGUCGCCCGACGCCCCCGCACUAGGUUCUAAGCACUUCGCUACGUUACGGGAGAAUUUGGGUUUGCCUUCGGCCGGAACUGGGAGCCGCUGUGAGGGAAGGCUGGUGCGGAUCGCCCGCCCUUCCGUCUCUGAGGAGCCGUGGCCGAAGCAGCUGACGACCGCAGGGCCGGCGUGGAGGCCGCGGGACCGGAAGCGCCGCGGGACCGGAAGCGCCGCCGCUGGGGUGACGUGUGUCGCCCGCUGGUCUGGGGUUGAGGAGGCGCCGCGGCUGCGCCGUCCGCCCGCACUACCCUACUAAAAGCUAGAAUGAAACAGUUGCCUGCAGCAACAGUGCGCCUCCUUUCAAGCUCUCAGAUAAUCACUUCAGUGGUCAGUGUGGUAAAAGAGCUCCUUGAAAACUCUUUGGAUGCAGGUGCCACAAGCAUAGAUGUUAAACUGAUACAACUCGAUAACACUCAACGUCAGUGUAAAUAACCCAGAAAAGACCUGAAGUCUGGCAAAACAAACUCCAUAGCUAAAGAUAAAGAAAAGGCCACAUGAAGGAGUAGAAAAGGCAGAAAUGCAUUCGGGAGUGAAACAGACCAUGAUGGUCCAUGGAGGGGAGAAAGCUGCAGGCAUGGAGAGAGGAGAGAAAGACUGUAUCACAUUUGGGAACCUGCACAGGGAAGGAGAACUAUGGAUUUGAUAAAAUUGAGGUACGAGACAAUGGUGAGGGUAUCAAGGCCAUUGAUGCACCUGUAAUGGCAGUAAAAUACUAUACUUCAAAAAUAAAUAGUCAUGAAGAUCUUGAAAAUUUGACAACUUACGGUUUUCGUGGAGAAGCCUUGGGAUCAAUUUGUUGUGUAGCUGAGGUUUUAAUUACUACAAGAACUGCUUCUGAUAAUUUUAGCACCCAGUAUGUUUUAGAUGGUAGUGGCCACAUAAUUUCUCAGAAACCUUCACAUCUUGGUCAAGGUACAACUGUAACUGUUUUAAAAUUGUUUAAGAAUCUACCUGUAAGAAAGCAGUUCUAUUCAACUGCUAAAAAAUGUAAAGAUGAAAUAAAAAAGGUCCAGGAUCUCCUCAUAAGCUAUGGUAUACUUAAACCUGAGUUAAGGAUUGUGUUUAUACAUAACAAGGCAGUUAUCUGGCAGAAGACUAGAGUAUCCGAUCGUCAGGUGGCUCUCCGGGCUGUUCUGGGGACGGCCGUGAUGGGCAACAUGGAACCGUUUCAGUACCACCCUGAAGACUCACAGAUUUAUCUAAGUGGAUUUCUUCCAAAGCAUGAUGUAGACCACUCUUCAACGAGUCUUUCAACCCCAGAAAGGAGUUUUAUCUUUAUAAACAAUCGACCAGUACAUCAAAAAGACAUAUUAAAGCUAAUCCGACAUUAUUACAAUCUGAAGUGCCUAAAGGAAGCCAGUCGUUUGUAUCCCAUUUUCUUUCUGAAAAUUGAUGUUCCUACAGCUGAUGUGGAUGUAAAUAUAACACCAGAUAAAAGUCAAGUGUUAAUACAGAAUAAGGAAGCUGUUUUAAUUGCUCUUGAAAAUCUGAUGACGACUUGUUAUGGAUCACUACCUAGUACAAAUUCUUAUGAAAAUAAUAAAACAGAUGUUUCCUCAGCUGACAUGGUUGUUAGUAAUACAACAGAAACAGAUGUGCUUUUUAAUAAGAUGGAAUCAUCUGGAAAUAAUUAUCCAAAUGUUGAUACUUCAGCCAUUCCUUUCCAAAAUGAUGUGUGUAAUGAUAAAUCUGGGAAAAACACUAAUUAUUGUUUAAAUAAUCAGAUAAAUGUUGAUGACCAUUGUGAUGAUCAUUUUAAUAGUGAAAAUUCUAACAUCGAUAAGAACACUAGAAGUAUAUUUCAGGAGAUCCCAAUGAAUAAUUUAUCAUGUGAGGAUGCCCAAAAGGAAUGUAGUGAAACUUGUUUUGUAGUUUCUGUUAAGCAUACCCAAUCAGAAAAUGGCAAUAAAAGCAAUAGAGAUGAGAAUAGGAAAAAUGAGGAAGGAGCAGUUCCUGAGAAGCCUUUGGAAAUCUCUGCAGAUGACUGGAGCAAGGGAAAUACACUUAAAAAUUCAAUGGGAGAAAACAUUGAACCUGUGAAAAUUUUAGUGCCUCAAGAAAGUUCAGCGUGUAAACAAAAUAAUAAUGCUUAUCCAAGUCCUGAACUAAAGAAUCUCAGUGAAAGUUCCUGUAGCAAAAAAUCAAAUGUGGUAGAUAACAAAUCUGGACAGCUUACAGCAUAUGAUUUAAUCAGCAGUCGAGUAGUCAAGAAACCCAUGUCAGCAAGCGCCCUUUUUGUUCAAGAUCAUCGUGCUCAGUUUCUCACAGAAAAUUCUAAGACCAGUUUGGAGGAUGCAACAGUACAAAUUGAAGAACUGUGGAAGACAUUGAGUGAAGAGGAAAAACUGAAAUAUGAAGAAAAGGCUACUAAAGAUUUGGAACGAUACAAUAGGCAAAUCAAGAGAGCCAUUGAACAGGAGUCACAAAUAUCAUUAAAAGAUGGCAGAAAAAAGAUAAAGCCCACCAGUGCAUGGAAUUUGGCACAGAAGCACAAGUUGAAAACUUCAUUGUCUAAUCAGCCAAAACUUGAUGAGCUCUUUCAAUCCCAUAUUGAAAAAAAAACUCAGAACAUUAAAGUAGUUCAGAUCCCUUUUUCUAUGGAAAACUUAAAAAAAAAUUUUAAAAAACAUAAAUUUGACUUAGAAGAUAAGGAAGAACUUUGCUUGAUCCACAAUCUCAAGUUUCCUGAUGCGUGGCUAAUUACAUCCAAAACAGAGGUGAUGUUAUUAAAUCCUUACAGAGUGGAAGAAGCCCUCCUAUUUAAAAGACUUAUUGAGAAUCAUAAACUUCCUGCACAGCCCCUGGAAAAGCCAAUUAUAUUAACAGAGAGUCUUUUUAAUGGAUCUCAUUAUUUAGAGAUGUUAUGUAAAAUGACCACAGAUGAUCAGAGAUAUAGUGGAUCGACUUACCUGUCCGAUCCUCGUCUUACAGCAAACGGUUUCAAGAUAAAAUGGAUACCAGGUGUUUCCAUUGCUGAAGACUACUUGGAAAUAGAAGAAAUGGCUAAUUGCCUCCCAUUCUAUGGAGUGAUGGACUUAAAAGAAAUUCUUAAUGCUAUAUUAAACAAAAAUGCAAAAGAAGUUUAUGAAUGUAGACCUCGAAAAGUGAUAAGUUAUUUAGAGGGGGAAGCAGUGCGUCUGUCUAGACAGUUGCCUAUGUACUUAUCCAAAGAGGACGUCCAAGACAUUAUCUAUAGAAUGAAGGACCAAUUUGGAAGUGAAAUUAAAGAGUGUGUUCAUGGUCGCCCAUUUUUUCAUCAUUUGACACAUCUUCCAGAAGCUACCUGAUAUGUUUAAGAAAAUUUGUUACUAUUGAAAUUGAUUUGGCAAUAAAAUGAGUCACUUUUUAAACCAU